CAUGAUUGGGAAUGCAUACAUAUGCGUAUGGAAAAUGACUAACAAAAAGUAGAUGAACAAUAUAGUUUUUUUUUGGUACCAAAAACAAACUUUUUGCCAACCAAAAGCAGCACUAUUCUAGACCGUAAAGUAGGCGUGUGGGCCACAACCCCACCUUGCGGCAAACACCAGCCCACUCCAAUAUGAUCCAACUGCAACACGCAGAACUCGUAUCACAGACAACAUUUUGAGACGGACCGCUCGUGCUUCAUAGUCAGAUCAGAUGGUCUUCAUGGACUAGCGGGGAUGGCUACGCGGGCGAGACUAUUUUACCUAUUCACUUUUUUCCUGUUUGCAACCUACUAUUCGGCAUCACCGGCCCCAGAAACCAAAAAAGGAAUCUCGGAAAAAUGCAGUUAUAAGGGGCUCCAGGUCCAGUCAAGUUCUGAUGAGAAUGGUCGGAAGCUUGGGGUCACAUUCCGAACAGACAACUGCUCUGUGACCUGGAGCCAGUUGGGGAAGCACGCCAUCCAUGAGGUGAACAAUGUGACGUUCAGUCACCUCUCCUGUGACAGCCAGGCUGCUGUGCUGGUCCACUGGAUGCCCAGUCCGCUAGGUAUCGAGUAUGUGAAAGGCUUCAGAGUGUACCUGGAGGAUAAGAACCCAGAGGAUAAACAGUGUCAACACAUGAUCCUCAAAGACCCGCGACAGCUCAACUUCUCCUACAAGAUUCUGAAGAUGAGCUCCCAGCCCUUUGCUGGCCUGGCCUUUGAGACAGACUAUAUGGUUCGAAUCGUUCCUUUCCCCACCUUCAUGAAUGACAGCUUCUUCCCUCCAUCCUUCCUGCGCACCAACUCCUGCGAGGUUCUACUGGGCCCAGACAACCUAGUCUGCAAACCAUUCUGGAAGCCCAAGACUCUCAGCAUCUCCCAGCUGGGCUCCAACAUCCAUGUUGUCUUCGACCAUGCCCCAUCCACCUUUGGCUUCACCGUUUACUACCUGUAUUACAAACUAAGACAGGAAGGACCUUUCAGGCUCAAACGCUGCAAACCGGAGUUAAAUCUGCCCAAAACAACAUGCGUUCUUCAAGAUAUGAUUCCAGGCACAUAUGCUAUUGAGCUAAGAGAUGAAACCAACAUUACUAGGAGACAGGCCCAGUACUACGUGAGUCAAGUCCACUUCCCAUGGGCAGGGCCUAUUCGAGCCAUGGCCAUCACUGUCCCUCUAGUCAUCAUGUCGGCUUUCGCUACACUCUUCACUGUGAUGUGCCGCAAGAAACAACAAGAGAAUAUCUACUCUCAUCUAGAUGAGGAGAGCUUUGAGUCUUCUUCUCACACCACGGCACUGAAUGCAGACAGAAUCUGGCCUCGGACGAAGGUGUUCGUUUGCUACUGCACCAAGGACUGCCCCAAACAUCUCGCCGUCAUACAGAGCUUUGCCUUCUUCCUCCAGGAUUUCUGUGGCUGUGAGGUGACUCUGGACCUGUGGGAGCACCUGCAGAUCUGUAAGGAGGGCCAGAUGUCCUGGCUGAGCCGGAAGAUAGAUGAGGCUCACUAUAUCAUCACCGUGUGUUCCAAGGGCCUUAAGUACUACGUAGAGAAAAAAAGCCGUAGAGGGAAGUCGCCAGCUAGAACCAGUGCUGGAGGAGGUGGGGCAGCGGCGGUUGCCAGUGGAUCUGAGCUCUUUAUCGUUGCCGUGGCCAUGAUCGCUGAGAAACUGUCCGAGGCGCGCCAAAGAGACCAGGACCUGUCUCGUUUCAUGGCUGUCUACUUCGACUACUCCCAUGAGAGCGACAUCCCGACUAUACUGAGCCUCGCACCCAAGUUCAAGCUCAUGGAUCAGCUCCCUCAGAUGUUUGGCCGCCUCCACUCCCUGCAGCUGAGUUUACCGGAACGUGAGCCGCAGCCACUCAACAUCAGCAAGAGGAACUACUUCCGGAGCAAGUCAGGGCGCUCUCUAUACGUGGCCAUCUGCAACAUGCACCAGCACAUCUCGCUGGAGCCCGAUUGGUUCGAGAGGCAAUUGAUGCCCUCUCCUCCGGCGCCGCCUCCACAGCAGCAUGACACUGCCCGUUUAUCAUCAUCAUCGUCUCACAUGGAGAAGUUUGACUCCGGGUUGGUGCUCAAUGAGGUUUUAUUCAAAAUGCCAUCAGAGAGCGAGGGUAGUGUGAGGAGAAAUGUGUUGGUCACAACUCUUCCCCCUACCCUCAGUCUGGCCCACUGCUCCCUGGACAGACCUGGAGGACCUGGGCCCAGAUUCAGCCUUUCUCAAACAGAGCCUGGGGACUCGUCCGGAACUUCCUCUUGUCCUUUGGGUCUAGGGUCUCUGAGGCCAGUUGUCCUGCCCUUGACUGGCGACGGUUCGUCCAGUCCCCCAGAGAUGCCCAGGGACUCAGGGAUCUAUGAUUCUUCGGUGCCAUCCUCUGAGCUUUCAAUCCCCCUCAUGGAGGGCCUUUCACCUGAUCAGGCUGACUCCUCCUCCCUAGCUGACAGCGAAUCGUCUUCUUUUGGACUGGGUGAUGAGGAGCCCCCUACUGACAGCUCUGUGCACUGUGCCAUGCCCAACAUCUGUAAAGCUGAGCUCCACCACCAUCUGGAGCUGUCGGGACUAGGACUGACUCCAGUUCUUCCUUUGUAAUGAACUUAACAACAACAUUAUUAUACCAACAUUAUAUAACAUUCAAACCUUCAACAAUACUGCCUUGAUUGCAAUCCCUGACUUUGACUCCUACUUGCUAUCUACUCACUGUAUACCAUAUGAACAGUGACCAAUCGAAUGGAUUCUCGUGAGUUCAUCUGCUUUAGACUCUUUGAACUGCAGCCUGAUUAUGUGACUUUUAUGAACAAAGAGGAUGAUUUUAGUGUUUUGUAGACCUUCCGUAGCUGUUGUGUGGGCUUUUGUCAAGCAGUUAGGGCAAGACAUUAAAAAUGGUUGUAUGUCCUUCUGCAGUGCUUAACUGUAACUGGUGUAAUGGUAUUUCCUUUAGACUAGACCAGAUUUUCCGUUUGAAAUCCUGAACCCCAUUCCAGGUUACAAUUUUUUUUAAUGAUAAACCUGCACCUCUAGUGCCUUUAAAGGGGUUACACAUUUCACCUGGUUCAACAACAAAUUAACCCUUGAUAACUGAAUUUGGCUAUGUUAGUGCUGUUUUGAAUUAGAUAACUUUUUGUUUGAUACAUUUUAAUUUAUUUUGAUGAAAUAACUUUACAGUAGGUGUCAAAGGACCUUUUACAUUUUAAUAAUUUAUCAGAAACUCCUAUCCAGAGAGACUUACUGUAAGUGCAUUCAUUUAAGAAAGCUAGGUGAAACAAUCACAGUUUAGUAGUAGUAGUUUGAGUGCCUGUUAAUCUCUGACUUAGUUAUUGGCAUGAGUCAGUGCUGGAAAGAAUACCAUAUAAAUAAUAAACAUUUAAUAAAAUGUUCACACCAAAUUGAUUUGAAAACUCUUGAGUUAGAGUUCAGGUAUUUUGGGACUACCCAGAGUUUUUUGUAUUCCUAUAUUUGCCACCAGCAGUCAGUUUUUCCUCACUCACUGCAAUGGAUAGGAGAAGGACUUUAAGGAUGUUAUCAUUUAACUGAAACUUGGGAAACAUACUGUUAUUCAACUCCUACAGAAGAAAAUGGAACCCAGUCUGUGUGGGUCUACUCCAGUGUUUGUUAUAUGUUGUCAGUGCCAGUUAAUUUGAAAAGAUUAUGUAAAUGUGCAAAAGUGUGAUUUUGAAAAUGUUUUAUUACAAUUUUGUAUCAUUAGUUUUUUUCCUACAUUAUAUAUGAACUUCGUACUGUUUUAUAGUACUCUAAUGUAGGAAAUAAGCUUUAAAUGAAAUUAAAGUUUUUUUAUUAUUAUUGAAUACAUUUUUUAUUUCUGUGAUACCUUAGUUAAGGUCAAACAAUUUUGAAGGAUGGCUGUGCGAGGUUAUAUUUGUUCUAUAAGUGGAACUAAACAUGUCAUUACAAAAAGGUGAUCUAUUUUGCACUUUUGAGUUUUGAUGUAAACACUAAAAUCUGCCCAGUUGAAUUGGUACUUCAAUGCAUCACUAGAUUAUUUAUUUUUCCAGGGGGUGGCAAUAGUUUUGACAGAUGCUGUGGAGCUAGCUAGCCUUUUUGAGGUUGCGAUACAAUGACUCCUUCUCAUGAUCCAAAAUAUCUAUAAAAUCAAUAUAAAUUCUGGAUAUUGCUUGUGGCCAAGAAAUGUAGGUGGUCUAUUUCUGCAGAAGUGCACUGUUGUAGCAAUGCCAAUGUAACUGAUUGGUCAAGAUUAGAAGGCCCACCCCUCUUGAUUGUGGGAUUAAUAUUCUCCCACAAACCUUGAAAUAUAAAACUUACCACCUAGUAAAUCUGUCUGAGAGUACGCAUAGAAGGAUUCGCAUAUGCAUCUCAGCCUCACAGAAGAAAAUUUGUUGCGGUGAAUGCUCUUGUAAAUCUGA